AUGACGAACACCUUAGGUUAUGAGCAUAUGCUAGAGAUUUUCUUUGAUAAUCCAUUAUAUGGGGAUGUUGUUUGUUUAGAUGAACAGUCCCCAAAAGAAGCUAGUCUUUGUGCUGACUUUAUGGACCCUAGAAUCCAUCCCGUAGAUUUUGGUCCAUCUGAGGUUAUUGUUCACCCUAAGUUUGGGGGUAAUGAUGAUUUUGGUGGUCGUCAAGGUAUCAAAUAUGAAUACAAGGAAGAAAAUCUUAAAGAUAUAAGUCCUUUACUUCUGGAGAUGAAUCCAAUCCAUAAGAAAAUCCCUGUUUUGAUACACUAUGGAAAACCCAUUUCUGAAUCACUCAUAAUUGUUGAAUACAUUGAUGAAGUUUGGAAUGAGAAAUCUCCUCUUUUACCAACUGAUCCUUACCAGAAAUCCCAAGCUAAAUUUUGGGGCGACUAUAUUGAUAAAAAGUUUUAUGCUGCUGGAAGGAAGGUACGGACAAGUAAAGGAGAAGAUCAAGAGAAUGCUAAUAAGGAAUAUAUUGAGAUUCUGAAGGUAUUGAAAGGAGAGCUUGGAGAGAAUCCAUAUUUUGGUGGUGAAAAAUUUGGAUUUGUGGAUGUGGCUUUGAUUCCUUUCUAUAGCUGGUUUUAUGCAUAUGAGACCUGUGGAAAUUUUAGCAUUGAAGAAGAAUGUCCAAAGAUUGUGUCUUGGGCUAAGAAAUGCAUGGAAAUAGAGUGUGUUUCCCAGUCGCUUCCUGAUUCAGGAAAAAUUUAUGAAUUUGUUCUCACAUAUUAUUAAAAGAAGCUUGGGUCAGGGAUGUA